UUGCUCUCACCCAGAGAGGAGAACCAGGGCUUAGCUGCUCACCUGGUCGUUUCAACACACCAUAAUAACCUUUCAGCAUGGCUGAGAGGACACUGGAGCAGGGCUCGGUCAGCAUCCCCAUGGAGGAGACCAAACUCCACAGCGGAGCGCCCCCAGAGGCGCCGCUGCUCACCCACUUGAAGAAAGUGGAGAACCACAUCACCGAGGCCCAGCGCUUCUCCCACCUCCCACGUCGCUCCGCUGUGGACCUGGAGUUCAAUGAGCUCUCGUACACCAUCCGCGAGGGUCCCUGGUGGAGGAGGAGAGGUUACAAAGCGCUCCUAAAAUGUCUGUCGGGAAGAUUCAACAGCAGAGAGCUGAUUGGCAUCAUGGGGCCCUCUGGAGCCGGAAAAUCCACUCUGAUGAAUAUCCUGGCGGGGUACAGGGAGACAGGCAUGAAAGGCCAGAUCAUGGUGAACGGUCGACCGAGGGACCUGAGGACCUUCAGGAAGAUGUCUUGCUACAUCAUGCAGGACGACAUGUUGCUUCCACACCUAACUGUGAGGGAGGCCAUGAUGGUUUCUGCCAAUCUGAAACUGAAUGAGAGCAUGCAAGUCAAAACAGAACUUGUGGACGAGAUCCUGACUGCUCUGGGUCUUCAGGAGUGUGCUCAGACACGCACCAUCUCUAUCUCUGGGGGUCAGUGUAAAAGACUCGCCAUCGCCCUCGAGCUGGUCAACAAUCCUCCUGUCAUGUUCUUUGAUGAGCCCACCAGUGGGCUGGACAGUGCGUCCUGCUUCCAGGUGGUUUCCCUCAUGAAGUCUUUGGCCCAGGGAGGACGGACAAUCAUCUGCACCAUCCAUCAGCCCAGUGCAAAGCUCUUUGAGAUGUUUGAUAAGCUGUACAUCCUCAGUCAGGGUCAGUGUAUAUACAAGGGCACAGUCCCUUACCUCAUCCCUUAUCUGAAGAACCUGGGCCUCCACUGCCCAACGUAUCACAAUCCUGCUGACUUCAUCAUUGAGGUGGCGUCAGGGGAGUACGGGGAUCUGAAUCCAGUGCUGUUUGAGGCGGUCCAGGGUGGACUGUGCUCUGAGGAGGGCAAGAAGAACUCCAGAGACAAAAGUGACUCCUGUCCCUCUCAAUGUCACAGUGACACAGGAACCCUUGAGAAACACAGCUUUGCCACCAGUACAUUCACACAAUUCUGCAUCCUCUUUAAGAGAACUUUCAUUACGAUAUGCAGGGACAUGGUGCUGACCCACCUCAGGGUGAUGUCCCAUAUUUGCAUCGGUGUGCUGAUUGGCCUGCUUUAUCUCAAAAUUGGAAAUGAUGCGAGCAAGGUCUUCAACAACACUGGCUUCCUCUUUUUCUCAAUGUUGUUCCUCAUGUUUGCUGCCCUGAUGCCCACCAUCCUAACCUUUCCUCUGGAGAUGUCCGUGUUUAUAAGGGAACAUCUCAACUACUGGUACAGCCUUAAGGCCUAUUACUUGGCCAAAACCAUGGCUGAUAUACCGUUCCAGGUGCUUUGUCCAAUCAUGUACUGUAGUAUAGUGUACUGGAUGACUGAACAGCCUCCGGAGGCUGGACGCUACCUGCUCUUUAUGGCUUUGUCCACAUCCACGGCCCUGGUGGCCCAAUCCCUCGGCCUGCUUAUAGGGGCUGCAUCCACUUCUCUGCAAGUGGCAACCUUCGUGGGUCCAGUUACAGCCAUACCUGUGCUCCUCUUCUCUGGCUUCUUUGUCAAUUUUGACACCAUUCCCAAAUACCUACAGUGGAGCUCUUAUGUGUCCUAUGUCAGAUACGGCUUUGAGGGAGUUAUACUCUCCAUCUAUGGGAUGAACCGAUCGGAGCUGGAGUGUCCAGACCUGUCUUGUAAGUUCCAAAAGCCAGAGGAGGUCCUGCAGCUCCUGGAUGUGGAGAAUGCAAAGCUGUAUGUGGACUUCAUGGUGCUGGGGGUUUUCUUCCUGAUCCUCAGACUGGCCACUUACCUGGUUUUACGCUACAAAGUCAAGUCAGAGCGUUAAGUUGUCCAGAGGCUGAUGGAUUCGGACACCCGCUCAUAACCCAGCAGUGUGAGGUAGUAAGCAAACAUACAGUAUAGUCUCUUUCUCUGUCUCCACUUUACAUACAUGUAAAAAGACAUACACAAUCCAGCACAUCAAAUCAUCAGAAAGCUGUGCUGCACCACCAGACUGUACAGUAUAAUAUUAUCUCUUUGGGUUUGUAUUUCAAGAAAAAGGAAAAGUUGUUCUACCCUCUGCCCAUUUUUAGUUGUCCCUCAGGUUAUAGUAUAUUUCAGAUCACCAUUACCUAUCCGAAUUAUUGUGUAUCUGCACUAUACAUAAACAGAAUACCCAACACAGUAACAGAGAGCAUGUGUCUUUAAACUGAGAAAAUUUGGAUUUAUACUUACCUAACCUUAACAUCCUAACCCUAACCCACUUCAAGAAAGUGCCACAUGAAUCAUGAGCAAAAGCCUCUGAGUUUAUGGGGAGCCACAGUAACCACCUCGGUGCAGGAGUGUUCAAUAACUUGUAGCUUCUCAAUUCAACGCCUAAACAGACAAUCCAAAGUCCACAUUGUAAGCUUCUUCAUUGGACAGGACCCAUUGAGAUGCCCCCUGAAACAUGACAUCAAGAUGGAUGCAUCAGGUAAAGAAGAAACUUUCAGUGCCAGAAAACUUUUGUGUGGCUUUUCGCUGUCUUGUAGGAUCAUCUCAUUAGGUGUCUUUAACCAAGACACGAAUACGAUGGCUUUUCUGUACGGAAUACGACCAUAACAAACCGACUGCCAGUGGAUGACUUGCUUCGCUUUCCAUCUCUGAAUCAAUUUUGCAGGACCUUCUGCCUCAACCAUAGACGGUGGUAGAGCUGGAUGAAACGUUGGUGAAUAAGUCAAGCAGUGUGUCUUAUACAAAGACUGAUAUAGACUCGACCAGCUCUACGAUUCCUUACUUAAUGAGACGUGUUUGUUUCUGCCAUAACUGAGGAAGCAUUCAGUGAACUGGGAGCAUAAAGCAAGCAUGAGUGCUGUUUCCAUCCUGAUGCAGAGGGCUGCUGCACAGAGAGAGAAUGGUGAUUUAGGUAAACAGCCUAUUCUACGGUUAAAAAAGUUGAAUCAGUGUCGCUCUUUUGACACAAUUCUUUGAACUGCUCGUUUCCACUC